UAGUUUAAACAAUAUGGCAGCCCCCAUGUCUUAACAAGUUUCCAGAAUUUCUUACGAUAUAUAGUGAACAAAGAUAAACAAUGUUGGAGCCAGAUGCAGAUGAAGCGGAGGCUUUAAUGAAAAAGCUUCUACUACAGUCGGGAUUACAGGAUGGCGGGGCUGAUCCUAACAACAAAGUACCCUUUACCACAGUUGUCCCAAGACCAGGAUUUUGUGCUAAAACAAAGAAAGAAAAUGGUGAAAAGGUUUUCAUAAAUGUCUGCCAAGCUGACAAUGUUCCACAACCAAAGGACAUUACGGAGGAAGACCUACUGAAGCUGUUGGAAUCGGAGGAUCCCUUCGGAUUCCGUAUCCCAAUGAGUAUUGGAGAACCCCAUGCUGAGAUAGAUAAAAGUGGGCAGGGCUGUACAGCCUAUGAUGUUGUGAUACACCCCAGUUUCUUUGAGAAGAUGAAGGACAGUGAGGUUUUCCGGACUUUCUUUAUGUCGGUGACCUUGGAGGGUCUGGAGGAGAAGUACUCAAUCACACUCUCUAGAGACUUGGUCCUUCUAAAGAACAGGAGGUCAGUGGGAAGACUUCAGGAACAGAAUGUUCGGACACAGUCCAAACCGGUGAUCAUGGAAAUGGGAGACCAAGGGAUGUAUGGGCCUGGAAAACCAUUGAUCCAAGAGAUGGACACACCAAAGCCACUAUCUCAAGAGGAACUCAAAGCCAGAGGCCAGAAGCCCGAGUUUCAGAUUGUACAGGAACCUGCAGAAGGACACCCAGAAUUCCUUGUAGCAGAAAUAAGCCUGCCACAUGUGAAAAUGGCCAGCACACUGAGUGUGGAUGUUGGAGAGGACCGAAUUAUCCUUGAAACUAGGUCAAACAAAUAUUACCUUGACAUAUUUCUUCCUUACUUACUGAUACAAGAGGACUGUGUGGCACAGUUUAACCGCAAAACUAGGAUUCUAACGCUAACGUUACCUGUCCAGCCAGAGUCGUAAACACUGAUAGCACCUAGACUUCAUCUUUUGCCGUCCAUAUAUCCUCGAGUAAUUUCAUUUUAUGUGACAAUAUUCCUCAUGUUGCUUGUUCAGUGAACAUUCUGUGAUAUAUGCGAUACAUUUAUCUCAAUGUUACAGCAGAUCUGUGAGGCAUUCAUAUCUCUUUUUAUACAUGUACAGUCCAUAAUAAAAAAUUAUUUUUGUUCAAAAUGUUGGCUUGUUUGAUGCAUAAACAUAUAUUUACAUC